AUGCCCCUGUCGAGAUUUGCUGCCGAAGCAUUCGGUGUGGUGACGAUUUGUGUAGUAGCCAUCUUGAUUCUUCUUGGGUUGAUAUGCAUUGCUUACUCCUUCUACUUCCGCUCGCGUAUUAAUAGUCAAGGUUUUGUUCAGCUCAAUUAUUUUAGUGGUCCUUGGAUAAUUAGAAUAGCAUUCAUCCUAUUUGUUUUCUGGUGGGGUCUAGGUGAGAUUAUUCGGUUAACUUUGUUAAGACGUGCCCUGCACUUAAAAUGGAAGGAAACUGUUUGCAAAUGUUACAUUGUAUCGAGCAUGGGAUUUGCAGAACCGUGCCUCUUCCUCACACUUGUGUUUCUACUCCGUGCACCCUUGCAGAGGUUGGAAACUGGAAUUAUGAGCCAAAAAUGGAAUUUGAAGACAUCUGGGUACAUUAUUCUUUACUGCCUUCCAAUGUUUCUACUCCAGCUUUUUGUUAUUUGGGUUGGCCCUCAGUUAGACAAGAAUAAGGGUAUUUUGAAAAAAUUGCCGCAUUAUUUUACGAGUACAGUUGGCUCCUCUUCAGUGGCAGGGGGGAAUGAUGAUAUUGCACUCUGUACUUACCCUUUACUUAGUACUGUUCUCCUUGGCCUCUUUGCCGUUAUCCUGACUUCCUACCUUUUUUGGCUUGGUAGUCGGAUUUUGAAAUUAGUCAUCAACAAAGGUCUGCAAAAAAGGGUCUACACAUUGCUGUUCUCUGUUUUGUGUUUUCUUCCAUUAAGGGUUCUUUUUCUUGGUUUAUCUGUUUUAUCUGAACCUGAGAAUUUAAUGUUUGAAGCCUUAGUUUUCUUGGCUUUUCUUGCACUUGUAUGUUGUUCUGGGCUGUGCAUGUGCACACUUGUGUACCGUCCAAUUGCAGAUUGUUUAGCACUGGGAAAUCUACAAGACUUGGAGGCUAGGACUAGGAGGUUUAAUGAUGAACAUAAUGAUACUGUAUCCCUUAUUGCUAACCAGAGUCAUCCUGAAGAUAAUGUUGAGGAAAAUGCUCGGCCUAGUCCUGGUAGGUAUUCUGAUGAAUCAACAAAGCGGGGAUCAAUUUCAUUUCGGACAAUGGAAAAGGGUGUCGGUUCAACUGGAACAUUUGUAGAACUUAGCCUAUUCUCUCCCAGCCGCAGUGCAACACCUCCCGGAUCUCCGUCUAUUCCAGGUUGGCCCAUGCAAUCUCCAACCCAAGUUAUGGGACCAUAG